CCCCCGUCCCUUCCACCAGUCAGCUGUGCUAUUAGGUGCCUAGCUGAGCGGAGCUAGCUAACAGAAAAAUAACAUUACGAAAAGAUAUUUGGACGGUUAACGAUAUGGAUAAAAAUGCCACGCGAUACAACGUCCAGCUGUAUAUUUAUGAUUUAUCGAGAGGAAUGGCGCGCAGCCUCAGUCCGAUCAUGUUAGGAAAACAACUGGACGGUAUAUGGCACACAGCUAUAGUGGCGUACGGUGAUGAGUUCUUCUUCGGUGGGGAGGGCAUCUCCAGCUGUUCGCCGGGGGGGACAAUGCUGGGACCUCCAGACACGGUGGUGGAGCUGGGUGAAACCGAAGUGUCGGAGGAGAUCUUCAUGGAUUACCUCUCUUCCCUGGGAGAAAGCACAUACAGAGGUGACAGGUAUCGUCUUUUUGAGCACAACUGCAACACCUUCACCAACGAGGUGGCUCAGUUUCUGACGGGCAGGACCAUCCCGUCCUACAUCACCGACCUUCCAUCCGAAGUCCUCUCCACACCGUUUGGCCAGAUCCUGCGGCCCAUUCUGGACUCCAUCCACAUCGCCCCCCCAGGAGGAAACGUCAUCAACGGGGGAAGGAACAUCUAACCUGAGAGAGCAGCAGAGUCCGUGUUCUCCAGGUCACUUCCAUUGUAGUCAGUCACUGAGAACUCUCAACCUCUCCGUCUUUCUUUCUUUCUUUCCUUCUUCUCUUCUUCUCCUCCUUCCUCUCUUUCUUUCUUAUUGUAAAUAAACUACAAAGCUAAUUGCUGUAACUGAUAGACGACCAGUUAAUCCUUGAAAUUCAUUAUUUAAGUUUCAUUCCCUCGUCUAAGACGCCCUUCCUGAAAACCACUUAGUCACUGCCCUCGUCGUGACGCUUGAGGGUGCCUGGGUCAGUGCUGAUCAACAGCUGGACAGAAACAAUAGACAGAUGUGGAGACUUGCAGUAUCAUACCAGCACAGCCUGAUCUCACCGUUGACUUUCCCACUCUGAAAGUUGAGUUUGAUGAAUGUUUAUUUUUAGAAGUGAAUGGAAGUAAAAGAUAUUUCACCGAGUAUUUUCCUGAUCAGAUUUGAGGCGCUGCAAGUUUAUUGAGUAUUUAGACUCCACAGCAUGAAAUAUUGCAUAUCUGAUAGCUGUAAUUAAACCAUCUACAACAUUCAAAUACCUCUUAGCACAUUAGUGCAUCAAGCUAAUUUAUUAUAAAAUCAUUUCUAUUAGUUUUUUCCCCCAUUUUGAUGUUGCCACAUGUUUUUUUUUUAAAAAAAAAGGAUUUUAUCUCCCGACAUAUCAGGUUUCACACACGGGUUACACAGAGAGAUCAUCUGCUGCUGACUGCAAUGGAAAUAAUCUGAGUGUACACGUUUGCAUAGAUCUGUUUAUUAUAUUCAAGUCAGAGGAGAGGGAGGGUUGGAUCUUUUAAUGUCAAUCAGAUUUUAAUUUUUGCACUUUUUAUGCUUUUGUUUUACUUUUGUGUUAUUUGGUAGCUUGUGUUUGAUUUCCCUUCGGCCACCUCCCCUCCCUGCACCUCCCGUGUUUGUUUCUGUUUCUGUUCGAUCCGGCGGCUUUACCUUACAUUAUAUCAUUCCAGCUGUCGCAGACAUACGGCAGGUGACCGACGCCUAACUAGCUCAGAGGUUAUAAGCUUACAUAAGAGAUUACAUGAACUGUGUUGACUGUGUAUCUUUAUAGCAGGACUGGGAUCAGUUCACCCUGAAGUCGGUUGUUUCUGUGUGUACAAAAGUAAAACCCUGCGUAACCCUGGUAACGGCGAGAAGAAAACACACCCUGGUCCGUUGAAUCUCCUGUGUGACACGACUAACAGUGAACUGCAUCUCAGCCCAGUUAUAUGACAGACGUCUCGGCCUGUUACCAGCUGCAGAGGGAGACGCUGAUCACAGAGACACUUGUUCUAUAAUUAUUUAUAAUUCAUGUUGCUCCAGUUGCCAUGUGGGUAAUUUUAAACAAAUUGCACAUCCACAGAUAUUUUUAACGUAGAGGUGACCGUACGCAGGGCGAACGUCCGGCGCUGUCGACUUAUCAACGCUCUGCUCGAGUCCUUUAACAGCCACCAGAGUGUGUUCGAUAUACGACACACCUCUGUGCCUUCAUUUCCCUCCGCUUGGUUCCAGUCACACUGCUGCGGGUUGGCAUGGUUACAGGAUAGCACAGAUGGUAUAUUCCUAUGCAUUCUGCAUUAGAGAUCCGAUAGCUGGUUUACUGUAUGAUGGUCCAGGAAAAUCUUAAAAAAUGCGUAAAUUAGGUAAAAGUUGAACGUAAAAGUGGCGAACACUCAUCAUGCAGUGACACAAUGAUUUAAAUUCUUAACUUUUUAAAACAAGCAGCUGAAAAUAUUCCAGGUCGAUCAACAUCUGGAUCCAGUACUGUAACUCUGAGUGCAUUAUCCACUGCACUCUGCCGCCACAGAGAACAUAGAUAACACUCACAGCUGAUCACAUGCUUUAGGCGUUAGCUGAUUAGCAUGGUGUUACAUGUAGAGAACCGGGGACGUCACAGGAGAAGUAAUAAAACUUUUCCUUCAUUUCAUAUUUUAAAAAUAGCAAUAUUAAAAAGAAUUUAUAAAUGAAGGAAUAAUCCAUCAGUUGAUACUUGAUAUUUAAAAAUUCAUUUACAAAAACAGCAUGAAACUCUCAUUAAAUAAACCGUUUAUAAAUACAUUUAUUAAUUCAUGAAUAAAUAAUAGAAUUUGAAAAGGCAGUUUAAAAAUGUGAAUAAAUAACUUUGUGGACAUGAUGUGACUGGUUAGCUGUCCAACCAAUCAGAGAGCUUGGUUUCACCAGCACUGAAGGUUGAUAUUCAAUUUCCAUUUCUUUUUUUCCAGCUGAUUUUCCUGUUAGCUAAUCGAUUAGCUUAGUCAUUUAGCUUCUCCUUUUAGCCUUCAGUGCUGGUGAAACCAAGCUCUCUGAUUGGUUGGACAGCUAACCAGUCACAUCAUGUCCACAAAGUUAUUUAUUCACAUUUUUAAAAUGUCUUUUCACAUUUUAUUACUUAUUCAUGAAUUAAUAAAUGUAUUUAUAAACGGUUUAUUUGAUGAGAGUUUUAUGCUGUUUUUUGUAAAUCCAUUUUUAAAUCUGAAGUAUUAAUUGACGGAUUAAUCGUUCAUUUAUAAAUCAUUUUUACAAUUCCUGUUUUUGAUGCCUAUUAAAAUAUGAAAUGAAGGAAAUGAUUGAAGUAUUGAAGCGAACCACACACACAACCUCACGAGCCUUUCCCUGCUUAAACAGACAGAGUGAAGGAUGAACGAAGCACAGGAAAAACAACAAGUCUCAAAGCGUGAUUAAACCAGCAUUAACUGUCAUCAUGUUCUCCUGCAAUAAAUGAACCUUACACACACUUUACCUUCCAAGCAGCCACUUAACUAAAAGUGUAACCUGACAUCUGUAAGUAUUUGGUUUCUUUUAGAGAUGGACAUAUUCAACUUGUACUCCCCUUUAAGAGGCUAGAAAGCUCAGGUGAAUCUGGGUUCUGUUAUUUUGCCUUCAGCUAACCAACUGACUGACAUGCUAAUGCUAACGCUAACCAGACCACUGAAAUGUAUUACUGCACAAGUCACCCUGUGUUGCUGUAAUGUGUGUUGUUGCUGGCUGCUACCUGUAAUGUGAAAUUGCAACAGAUAUAUUUAUGGAUAUUAUUCCCUAUUUGAGUAAUCUAACUAUAGUAGAUAUGCCUAUGCAUAUUGUUUGUAAUGUUUGUGUAAUUGUUUUUGUUGUUUUUGUAAUUCAACCUAUACAUAAAGCCAUUGACUGCA